AUGAGUGCUGAUCUUAUGGAAAUUGAUUCUGUGGGAGACUCCACAGAUGUUUCACCAACUGCCACCGUUAAAUAUGCCGAAGAAACUUUGAUGGAAGAUAUAAUUAAUGUCCUAAGGGAGAUAUCCAAGACAACUACCACAUUGGACCCACGUUACGUUUGGAAAGCAUUAAAGGAAUUGAAUAGCAUUAGGAAGAACCAUUUAAAACAAGAGACUCUGUCUGCUUUGGUCGAUAUCCUAUAUCCGGAUAAUUCUGCCUUCAAGAUUCCAUUAUUGAAAUUAAUUAAUAACAAUCGCAAGACGAGCGUCCCCCAUGCAGCUGAGAUUAGAUCAAACUAUCCAGCUGCAUUCUACCAGAUUAUUGACAACGGAUCUGAUUCCAAAUUCAUUGAAGCUGCCGCAGAAUUGAAUAGUUUUGUUCAUCUACUGGUCCAACUUUACCUACUAGACUCGAAAAGAUUAAGCGAUCUGACUAUAUUUAAUGAAAAGAUAAUCAUUCCAAACAUUCUUGCCUAUUAUAAUCAGCGUUCCCUAGAUUUAAUAAAUGCCAAGCUUUGGUUUUACGUGGUAAUUUGUGAUGAGGCAUUAGGAAACAAGUCCAACCCAAUUAUUCGUUCUGAAAUGAUUAAAUUUUUGAGAACUGCAUCAUUGAAGCAUGACAAUGAAACAAGAGCCAUGUUAAUAACGUUAAUUUUAAGAAAUUUCCUUUCUGGUGGUGAAAUCGAAUCGGCAUCUGAUUUCGUUAGUAAAGUGGAAUUCCCCACAUCAGGUAUCUCAAGUCCGUUAGAAGCUCGUUAUUAUUUCUAUUUAUCAAAGAUAUCAGCCAUUCAAUUGAAUUAUUCUACUGCUAAUGAAUAUAUCAUUGCUGCCAUCAGAAAGGCACCUCAUACAACAAACAGUUUGGGUUUCUUACAACAAGCUAAUAAAUUGCAUUGCGUUAUUCAAUUAUUAAUGGGUGAUAUUCCAGAGCUAUCAUUUUUCCAUCAAAAGAAUUUGAAAGAUUCUUUGUCGCCAUACUAUCAUUUAUCCAAAGCUGUCAAAUUGGGUGAUUUGAAGAAAUUCACACAAACGAUAACAAAAUAUAAGACCAAUUUCGUUAAUGAUGGAAAUUAUCAGUUAUGUGUUAAAUUAAGAUCCAAUGUUAUCAAGACGGGUAUCAGAAUUAUUUCAUUAACCUACAAGAGGAUCUCUCUAAAGGAUAUUUGCCUAAAAUUACGUUUGGAUUCUGAACAAACUGCCGAAUAUAUGGUUUCUAGAGCUAUUAGAGAUGGUGUCAUUGAAGCAACAAUAAAUCAUGAACAAAGCUACAUUGAAACUUCAGAAUUAUUAAAUGUUUAUGGUACCAAUGAACCACAAAAGAUGUUCGAUGAGAGAAUUAAAUUCGUUUAUCAAUUACAUGAUGAGUGUGUUGUGGCUAUGAGAUACCCAGAAGAUAAGAAGAAGAAUAAAAACUAUCAACAAGAAGAAUUUAUAGAUGGUGAGUUAUUCGAUGAUUUGGAUGAGUUUUCGGAUAUUGAUGACCUAGGAUUCUUAUAA